CCACAUGCUGAAUAAAAGGCCGAAACAGAAUCACGAUUUGAUCGCUUCGGGUCAACUCGUCUUUUUCCGGCAUUUUCCGGUGUAUCGUUCCUGACAUGAGAUAAAGAGCGGCCUUUGUGUUCCUGCGGUUAAACUGCUUUAUUCUUUCACGUUUCUUCUAAUUUCGUGGUCGAAGCACCGAUCUGAGCGAUUUCAGCCGACUGGCUCUGCGCUCGCGCCCGGGUUUCUCGCUUGUUCUUCGGUUUCGUCCGAGCCUCGGCGAAGCUCGUGGCCGCUCUGUUCCGAGGCCGCUCGGACACAUUCGGCUCCUCUCGUUUCCCGGAACAAUGGACGAGGCUGACUCGGCGACGAAAGCGCUCGGGCUGGACGAACCGCCCAUCGACGGGCCGCUGGUGGAGGGAGUGAGCUCGGAUACGGAGUCGGAGGCCGAAGUCGCCCCGAUGGCUGUGAUGGCGGAACCGGGAAACAUCGACAUGGGAGCCGAGUCUCUGCCGAACUCUGACGAGGCCGAGGCGACAUUCGCAGAGGUGGCGACGGUGACGGUGGCAGGCGUUAACGCAGCGGAGGACAACGUUUUCACCACGACGGUCGCCGCGUCAGGAACCCUUCCGGAGCACGUGCUGAGCGGCAGAACCACUCUCCAGCUUGGUGAGGGUCUCGGUACCCAGAAGACCACUCUGAUCGUGGUUCACACUGACGGCAGCAUCGUGGAAGCUGCAGGCCUGAAGUCUGCUGCCACCAUCACAUCAGGACCCCAGACUCCCUCCACUCCGCUCACUCCACCACAGGACAAAGACUCUGGCUCCAAGUACACCUGGGACCCCUCGGUUUACAACAACGAGCUCCCGGUCCGCUGCAGGAACAUCAGCGGGGUUUUGUACAAGAAUCGUCUGGGAUCAGGAGGUAAAGGGCGCUGCAUCAAACACAACCAUCACUGGUACACGCCCACAGAGUUUGAGUGUUUGGCAGGAAGAGCGAGUAGCAAAGACUGGAAGAGGAGCAUCCGAUACGCCGGCAGACCUCUGCUCUGCCUCAUCCAGGAGCGUAUCCUGAACCCACACGCUGCUUCCUGUACCUGUGCCGCCUGCUGUGAUGAUCUGACACCGUUUUCAAAGGAGGGAGACACCAUAGCACCAGAAAGUAUGCCAAUGAUCGGCCCAAUUCGUCUGUUUGUUCCAUACAAGAGACGGAAAAAAGACAUCGAGCCGCCCAUCAUCCCCUUAAAGAAGGACCUUCCCACCUCCAAGAACAUCCAGCUGACMCCAGGAACCACAUUCACAGUGUCGCCGUCAGGASAGUUCACCACCUCAGGCACACUGACCUUUGACCGGACUCCAGCAGGAGAUGCUGCCAUCAUCUCAGACGGCGCCGCGCAGAGCGACGUGUUCGCCAGCACCACAGUGCUGGCGGCGUUGCCAGCGCUGGCCAUGGUCCCUCAGCCCCUUCAAGCGAAAGUGGCCUUGGCGUCCGCGGCCUCGUCUCCGUCCGCGUCCCUGGUGACGGGCCUGGAGGUGAGCUCUGUGGCGUGUGGAGCGCCAGCAGUGGGCAACGGGCAGAAGAGCACCUGGGUGUACCUGGAGGAAAUGGCCAACACGCUGCUGAGCAACGUCCAGCAGCUGAAGGUUCUCAUCGAACAGGCCAAGAACUC